AUGGACUCUGACGAAGACCUCCAACUUCCUCCACCGAAGACCCCCAUCAACCUGGACGACUCGGAUGAUGACUUGCCGCCCCCCGCAGCGUUGGCGGUGAAGGGGCCACCGCCUGUAAAACCUGCAGGGCCGGCGCUAACGUCACCGAAGAACAAACCCGUCGCUCUCAAUAAAAAUGGCGUUUCGAGUCCUCUGAUGGGGUCACCACUCAACAACACCGCGGCGCAGAGGGGCGCGCAAUAUUUGGACCCGCAGCAGCAACAAUUGCCCUUCACUAGCGAAACAAGGGCGAGAGUGAAUCCUGCCAAGGUGUACAAGGAGGGCUUCCUGUUUAAGCAGCAGCCCAGCUGGCCCUACAGCAACCAGAAGCGGUACUGUGUAAUCAAAAACUGUAGGCUGUACUACUUUGACUCCCAGGAGAGCAUGAAGGAGGGAAAACCGCAGGGUGUGAUUGAUCUUACUAGCGCUAAGCUUGUUGACCCCGGGAACGAAGCCAAGCUGCCGUCCAGCUUCGGCAUUCACGUGGCGAGCGAUCGGCAGGCGGAGGGGGGCGGCAGCGUCAAGAAGGAGCGGACAUUUACGUUUUCCGUCAUGCACGCACACGAAUUGGGCGAGUGGAAGGCGGCCAUCCAAUCCGUUGUUGGCGACCCAGCGGAGGAUGAAAAAGUACACUGGUUUGAGAAGAUGGUGCAGGGUGUGUACUAA